UGUGAGCAGGAGUGGAGCCCCAGUCUGGGGCAGAAGGACCCAGAGACCAAACAGAUUAAAGAGGAACAGGAGGAAGUCAGGACCAGUCAGGAGGAAGAGCAGCUUCAAGGGCUCUUUGAUACCAAAGACUCCAUAUUCACUCCUUCCUGUGUGAAAAGUGAAUGUGAUCAGAUGGACCCAUGUCAAGAAGCCGUACUAGCUGAAUACCCAACUCUCAGUCCACUGAAAACGUCUAAACUACAGUUGUUGAGUGUGUUGUUAAAUGAACGUUUAACGGCAUCUGCUGCUGUGGAGAUUUUUGGUGCGAUUGAGGAAACUGUAGCAGAGUACCAGGAGGAGAAUGAUCUGCUACGGAGACUGCUGGGGAGGACACCAGAGAUACAACUAUGUAGAAUAGACACCUUGCAGCUCUCUGUCUCUGAAGAGGAGGUUCCCCCUGAGCAGCAGCACUGUGAGCAGGAGUGGAGCCCCAGUCUGGGGCAGAAGGACCCAGAGACCAAACAGAUUAAAGAGGAACAGGAGGAAGUCAGGACCAGUCAGGAGGAAGAGCAGCUUCAAGGGCUCUUUGAUACCAAAGACUCCAUAUUCACUCCUUCCUGUGUGAAAAGUGAAUGUGAUCAGGAGGACCCACUUCAGUCCUUGACUCUUCCCCAAACCCAGACUGUGGAGAACAGAGAGAGAGACUCUAAACUAGUGGAUCUCAAACCUUCUGGCACUAUGAUCCAUAUUAAGGGUCUCAACAUUCCCUGUGACCCUCCAGAUAAUCAAAACAAUGCCUCCAGCCACAGUUCAGCUGUAAGCAGCGACACAGUAGGACUUGACUACAGUCCACCAUUGGAUCUGAACCCACCAAUGGAUCCCAGCCCACCAUUGGAUCCCAGCCCACCAUUGGAUCCCAGUCCACCAUUGGAUCCCAGUCCACCAUUGGAUCCCAUUCCACCAUUGGUUCCCAGUCCACCAUUGGUUCCCAGUCCACCAUUGGUUCCCAGCCCACCAUUGGUUCCCAGCCCACCAUUGGAUCCCAGUCCACCAUUGAAGAAACACUGUUCCAAAUCCAGCACCACGUCUAGAAAAACUCACAGCUGCCGUGACUGUGGUGCAACGUUUCCUCUGAAAGCUGACCUGCAGAAACAUGUGACUCUCACCAAGAAGAGACUCAGUGACUGCAGCUUCGGCAAUAAACUCUACAACUCCACCUGUAAACUGAAGGCCCAUGUCCAACUCUGUCACAGUGGGAAACCCUGUAUCUGUCCAGUUUGUGGAAAGACCUUCAAACACAAAGGAAUUCUGUCCAGGCACAUGAGGAUUCACAAAGGAGAGAAACCCUUUAGCUGUGUUGACUGUGGGAGAAGCUUCAGUCAGAAGGUGAGACUAACUGAACAUAAACUGACUCACACAGGAGAGAAACCAUUUAGCUGUGGAGACUGCAGGAAAAAAUUCAUUCGGAAGGGGCACCUAACCAUACAUAAACUGACUCACACAGGAGAGAAACCAUUUAGCUGUGGCGACUGCGGGAAAAAAUUCAAUCUGAAGGGGCACCUAAACAUGCACAAACUGAUUCACACAGGAGAGAAAUCAUUUAGCUGUGGUGAUUGUGGGAAAGGCUUCAAUCGGAUGGGUAGCCUAACCUUGCACAAACUGACUCACGCAGGAGAGAAACCAUUUAGCUGUGGUGAUUGUGAGAAAAGCUUUUAUCUGAAGGGUAGCCUAACCAGGCACAAACUGACUCACACAGGUGAGAAACCUUUUAGCUGUGGUGAUUGUGGGAAGAGCUUUAAUCAAAAGGGGGACCUAACGAGGCACAAACUGACUCACACUGGAGAGAAACAACAUGGCUGCUCUGUCUGUGGUAAAAGAUUCUCUCAAAAGAAUAAUCUGCUGAGGCAUGUGGAUAAAAUCCACAAAGGAAGAAAACAGGACAGAAACUGAAAGAGGAAAGAACAUUCGGACAAAGAGAUUGUCUGUCAGGUUAGUGAAUAGAAAGGCAGGAUGUGGACAAAUCUCUUAGGAAGCAACAGUGAUGUGGCCUCAUCAAAUAUGCAGACGACAUGGCUCUGGUUGCUUGCCUGGAGGUCAAGUCCAU